AUGAAGGGCCUUUGCAUCAAUAAUGACGUUGGGAGGGCAUUAGAUUUUCAUGAUGAUCUGACCGCAAAAGGUUUCCAGUUAAAUGUUGUUAGCUACAACACAAUGAUGAAUGGACUGUGCAAGACUGGAAAAACAAGGGCUGCAGUUAAAUUACUCCAAAACAUGGGGAGAGGGCCCGUUAAGCCUAAUUUAGUUUCUUAUAAUACAAUUAUUGAUGGCUUUUGCAGAGAAAGGCUCAUAGCUGAAGCCUAUGAUUUAUUUCAUGAAAUGAUUGAUCAUGGAAUAUCUCCUAAUGUUGUGACCUACAGCUCUCUCAUACAAGGUUUUUGUGUCGUGGAUAAAUGGCCAGAAGCUGCAAGAUUGUUUAAUCAAAUGAGACUUGAAGGCAUCAAUGCUGAUGUGUGUACUUUUAGUAUAUUGGUCGAUGCAUUUUGUAAGAAAGGAAGUAUGACUAAAGCUGAGGCUAUCGUUGCCAUGAUGUUGAAGAGCCGCAAAAGUCCUGAUGUUGUAACUUAUAACACUUUAAUGAAUGGGUACUGUUUGAUUAAUAAUGUUAGAGAGUCAAAAAAACUAUUCAACAAGAUGGUCAAGAGUGGUUUGACUCCUAGUAUUAUUAGUUAUAACAUUUUGAUUAAUGGACUUUGUAAAAUCAAGAUGGUGGAUGAGGCCAUGAAUCUCUUUAAAGAAUUGCGUUGCAAAUGCUUUAUUCCUGACAUAUUCACUUACAACUCCCUUGUCGACGGUUUGUUCAAGACAAGUAGAAUCUCUGAUGUGCAAGAUAUUAUCCAUGAGAUGCAUGAUAGAGGUUGUGCCCCAAAUAUAGUAUUUUAUAGUACCUUAUUAGAUGGAUUGUGCAAAAGUCACCAUCUUGACCAGGCAAUUUCAUUAUUCAAGCAAAUUGUUAACCUAGGAAUUCAGCCUGAUACUUACACAUAUACCAUACUUAUUGAUGGUUUGUGCGAGGGUAACAGAUUAAACGAUGCACGGCAGAUUUUCCAACAUCUUUUGGUUAAUGGUCAUCCUUUGAAUGUCCAAGCAUACAAUGCUAUGAUCAAAGGACUUUGUAAGGAGCAUUUGUAUGAUGAAGCAAAGGCUUUGCUUUAUAAAAUGCAAGAGAAUGGGUGCUCGCCUGAUUUUGUAACUUUUGAAACAAUUAUUAUACCUCUUUUGGAAAAAGGUGAGAAUGAUGAGGCAAAGAAUCUGAUUGACGAAUUGUUCAUCAAGACCAAGCAAGAUGCUGAAAGUUCAACCGGUCGAAGAUCUCGUUCAAAGACUGAUUGCAAGGCAAGCUUGCAUGUAAAAAGAAUGCCUGAUGGAAAAUGGGUAGUUCACAGUUUUGUGAAGGGGCAUAAUCAUGAGCUUUUUCCGGCUCAAGCUAAAACUAGCAAUGCCUAUAUGAACUUUUGUGAUGUGGUUUCUUCUGAUAUAAUCCAUGUUACGAACAAAUAUAAAGCUCCUUCACGGUAUGUCUUCUGCCGAUUUCCUUCGUUUUCUUCCGCGUCUACGUCUACCUUCCUUAUUUCUACUUCAUAUGCCUUAAGCCUCCGCCUCUGUUUACAUUCUACAACUCUUCAGAAUAUUGAAGAGGCUAUCUCUGCUUUUAAUCGCCUGCUUCAUAUUCGCACCCCACCCUCUAUAUUCCAAAUUACUAAGAUCUUAGGAUAUGUUGCGAGGUUGAAACAAUAUCCUACAGCUGUCUCCCUUUUUGCACAAGCGGAAUCUAAGGGAUUCACGCCAUGUUUGGUUACGCUGAACAUCUUGAUUAAUUGUUACUGCCAUUUGGGUCAAAUGACUUCUGCUUUCUCUGCCUUAGGCAAGAUUCUUAAGAUGGGCUGUCAGCCAGAUACGAUUUCUUUGAACACACUGAUGAAGGGCCUUUGCAUCAAUAAUGACAUUGGAAAGGCCCUAGAUUUUCAUGAUGAUUUGAUAGCAAAGGGUUUUGAGUUAGGUGUAGUUAGCUAUGGCACAAUGAUAAAUGGACUAUGUAAGGCCGGCAAAACGAGAGUUGCGGUUAAAUUGCUCCAAAAGAUGACGAGAGGGCCAGUUAAGCCUGAUUUAGUGAUGUAUAGUAUGAUUAUUGAUGGAUUUUGCAAGGAGGGACUGAUAACUGAAGCCUAUGAUUUAUUUUGUGAAAUGAUUGAUCGUGGAAUAUCUCCUAAUGUCGUGACCUACAACUCUCUCAUGCAUGGUUUUUGUGUCAUGGAUAAAUGGCCGGAAGCAGUAACAUUGUUUAAUGAAAUGAGACUUAAAGACAUCAACCCUGAUGUGUGUACUUUUAAUAUAUUGGUCGAUGCAUUUUGUAAGAAAGGAAGUAUGACUAAAGCUGAGGCUAUCAUUGCCACGAUGAUGAAGUGCAGUGAAAGACCUAAUGAUGUUACUUACAACACUUUAAUGGAUGGGUACUGUUUGAUUAAUAAUGUUUUUGAGUCAAAAAGACUAUUCAACAAGAUGGUCAAAAGUGGUUUGGCUCCUUGUAUUAUUAGCUAUAACAUUUUGAUUAAUGGACUCUGUAAAAUGAAGAUGGUUGAUGAGGCCAUGAAUCUCUCUAAAGAAAUGUGUCGUAAAAGCCUUAUUCCCGACAUUGUCACUUACAGCUCCCUUGUUGACGGUUUGUUCAAGUCAGGUAGAAUCUCUGAUGUGCAAGAUAUUAUUUAUGAGAUGCAUGAUAGAGGUUGUGCCCCAAAUAUAGUAUUUUAUAGUACCUUGUUGGACGGAUUGUGCAAAAGUCACCAGCUUGACCAUGCAAUUUCAUUAUUCGGGCAAAUUGUUAACCAAGGGAUUCGACCUAAUACUUACACAUAUACCAUACUUAUUGAUGGUUUGUGCGAGGGUAACAGAUUAAACGAUGCAUGGCAGAUUUUCCAACAUCUUUUGGUUAAUGGUCAUCCUUUGGAUGUGCCAGCAUAUAAUGCUAUGAUCAAAGGACUUUGUAACGAGCAUUUGUAUGAUGAGGCAAAGGCUUUGCUUUAUAAAAUGCAAGAGAAUGGGUGCUCGCCUGAUCUUGUAACUUUUGAAACAAUUAUUAUACCUCUUUUGGAAAAAGGUGAAAAUGAUGAGGCAAAGAAUCUGAUUGAUGAAUUGUUCAUCAAGGUCUCUUGAAAUGAUAAAAGAAGGUUAGUGACUCUACUCCAAGAUUGCGUUGCUUGUGUUCAUGAUGGAAAAAGUUGACACGCAUUUUCGUAGAAAAAAAAAUUUGCACUGUUCUUAUUGAUGUCAAUUGCAUAUUUUUUUCAGUCAUAUGUUCAUAUGUAUUUAGUUUUAACUUUUGUUGUAACUGGGCGUUUGUUUUGUUUUUUUAGCUUGACUUGUGUUUGAUGCAACAUGCUCACACACGCUAGCCUGUAUCACCGAAAUGAUGCCUUGAAUUCCUCUCCUCUCUAUAGUAUAUAUCCGUCAGAUAGAGCACCCAACAUACCUCACUCUAGUAAUUCCUCUCCUCUCU